AUGUUUUUAUUCCCCACCAACCAUUCGAAUGAUUAUUGCCUCGAAGGGCGCCUUGUCGGACACAAGAACGCCAUCAAUUGCUUGGUGGUCUCUCGCAAUGGCAGUAUGCUGGCAAGCGAGGGCUGCGACGGAAUGAGGAUUUGGGACCUCAAAAGGCGAAUUCAGCUCCUGAUUCCACCUCAAACCCCAGCAGUUCGAAAUCCAGCUGAUUCGGUGACUUGCGCAUGUUGGAUUACCCGCCAUGAGGCAAUGUGCGAGACAUUAUGUUAUGGGAUGGGACUUGGUUUCAUAGGCAUUUGGCAGCAGCAGGGGGAAGGUUUGCACGACUUUGAUGCAAAAGUGUUGAGGAGGAUCAGAACGGGUAAGGAGAUAAUGUGUCUUACAUAUGACCAUACUGGGGAGGAUACUCGAAUUGCAAGCGGAACGCGCGACCGAUGUGUUCAAGUGUGGACGUUUGACUUCAAAGGACCGUUGAUACCAAUUUUCAGCGUUGAGCUCGCUACUACCAUCCCGUGCACGAUUAAUUUUAACUGUGCUGCCAAUAGAAACAUAUUAGUCUUUGGCAUGUAUGACGGUGAGAUACACACACUCAGGGGCACAGAUGGGGUCAUCAUCGCUACAAACAACGCUGGGCCAUUGAUGUAUGCUUCUGUGGAUACAGCUCAAACAUUGUUCCUGAUGGACAACAUCAUGAAUAGAUUCAGCUUACAUCGCUUAGAUGAUGCAGUGUGCAUCCGUACCUAUAAUACCAACCCAGUCAAGACAUUCCCGAAGCAAGUCGCUUUUGGGGGAAAGGCUACCCUGGUAGUUGGGGGUAGUGACACAGGAGUUGUUUAUAUUUUUGACAAAAAUGAAGGAACAUUGAAACAAGUCUUGCAACAUGCCAACAUGGGCCAAGUACAAACUGCAGACUGUAAGACAUAUGACGGUACACACCACAGCCUAAUCUUCGGGGCAAUGUCUAUGAACAACAUGGAACCGACCAUCUCCAUUUGGAGUCGCAAACAGGACACUGUUGCAAAGUCGGCUGACCAUCCUCUAUCAGCGCUUAAGAACUUUGUGCGGGGAAUAGCCCAGCUAGCUAUCGCAAUGGCACUGAUAGCAUAUGUCCUCGGGCAAUACAACACAUUCUCAUUGGCAACGCUGGAAAAUGCCUAG